UUUAUUGUUUUUGUUGACGUUCCAUAAUUUUUCCAGCGACGUAGAAUCUUUACCGAAGUGCAGGAAAAUCGGCAAAUUUUCCGUAUUUUUCCUAUCUGAAGCUAGUUUUGGUGAAGUAAAAUGUUUUGUCUACAUUCCGCGCUCGCGGCAGUGUUGUUGCUUUAACGAAAAAGACGACAUUCCGUGAAACCUGCUCGUUUGAAGAAUCUCAGCAAAACAGUGCGUCGAAGGAUUUUUUUUUUUCUCGCUGUCCCCAUUAUUGGGUCACGGACACUUGGCAGCAGCAGCAGCCAGCGGAACCUAGUGAAGCAGAACCAAAUUCAUUUGCUCAGACCGUAACGAAAGGGUCUUGGGAGUCGCUAUGACCGUUGUCUACCCGCGCAAGAUGCUGUCCCGUUUUCAUCCGUACCACGGCCAGAACAUCAUCCUUUUUGACGAGAACACGGUCGCGUACCGGAAGGCCAGCUUCGGGAAUGCGCUUACGUUUAGCGAGAAGCCGCUGCAGCCGGGCGAGAUUUUCCUGCUCGAGAUCGAGAAGAACGAGCGCGGCUGGAGUGGCCACAUGCGGCUAGGUCUCACCCAGCUCGACAUCAAGCCCGCCUCCUCGCUGCAGUACGCCCUGCCGGAUCUUGCAAAUCUCGGUUCCAGUUGGGUUUACCCGAUCACGCGAUCCGUCGGCAACGCCACACCCCGGCCGAGCAUCCUCGGCGACGGAAUCAACGUGAAGACGUCGCGUGGCGUGUUCCCGCGCAGUUUGCUCCGGCCAAUCUCGCAGGACGGCGUCAGCGCGGACAUUCUGCCAACGGACACCAACUCGCGAAUCGGCAUCAUCUUCGUGCCGGUCGCGAACGAGGUGGACAAGGCGGAGAUGCACUUUAUCAUCAACGGCGAGGACCAGGGACCGUGCACGACGGAAAUUCCGUACACCAAGGGCGCCCUGCACGUGGUCAUCGACGUGUACGGCACGACGAAACAGGUCAAAAUCAUCCAGCUGUACGGGAUCUCAACGCUGCAGAGCGCCUGCCGGGACGCGAUCCUUUCGCGGGUGGACAAAACCGCAGUCCGGCAACUCCCGCUCCCAGAAAGUCUCAAAGAAUACCUGCUCCAGUACGGACCGUAGACGCACCGUCGUUCGCUUGCUGUAAGUGCCACCAGUCCUUCCUUCCUUCUCCACUUUUAUCCCCCCGCAAAGCUUACGUAGAACUUCCAUUCUCCCCUCUCUAAAAAAACAAAGUAGCGGUCAAACCGAAAAAAAGGCUUCUCAUCCCUUAAAUUGUGUAAGGAUUUGCGAUUCUGUUCAACUUCUCAAAAGAUUCGCGCUUCUUCUCCGUCGCGCAAUCCAAAGCAAUUUCGGAGCAGUGCGCUAUAUUUAAACGUAACGUUAUUUACAUAUUUUUGUAAUGUAUUAUAAAUAUAUAUAUUUUUUCGCGUCUAAGUUAAGUAUGUGAUAUACAAAACCCGUGAGUAGUGGAAAUGGAUUUUUUUAUUUCCUUAACUUUUAGACUUUUAAUAAAAUUCAGGCUGCGUCGUUGAAAGCAUAAAUUUAUUCCUUUUCCUCACUCUUUAUCGAUAUCUAUGUAAGAAUUAAGUACACUCCCGCAUACACCCCACUACUAUUAGGAUUGUAAGAAUGAAUACAUGUAGCGUAAUAAAUGGA